AUGCAAAGAAUCACUCAAACUCAAGUAAUCUUCGAUGCCUCAUCAGCAUCAAACGAAACCAAAUGUUCGCCAACUGGCGAACAUACGUCCAAGAGGGAGAAGUUUAAACAACUUUUCCAAUUCAAAAAAUCAACAACCGUGGAUGCUUCAUUAGUAUCAACAACAGAAACAAAGUGCCCAUCAGUCGAUGAGCACAAAUCAAAAAGAGAAAAGCUCAAGCAGCUUUUCAAAAUAAAGAAAACCAAGACAGUUGAUGCUUUAUCAGCAUCAGAAGAAGAAGGAGAAUGUUCACCAGGCGGUGAGCACAUCUCAAAAAGGGAAAAGUUUAGAAAACUUUUCCAUAUGAAAAAAAGUACGACCAUUGAUGCUUUACCAGCAUCAAUUGAAGAAAAUGAUUAUUCUCCAGUAAGUGAUACUGCUGUUGAAGAAGAAAAUGUUGAAAAUGUUGAAAAAGUUGAUGCAUUAUCUGCAUCAAACGAAGAAAAUGAAUGUUCACCAGUUGGUAAAAUUGCCGCUGAAGAAGAAAAUGUUGAAAAUGUUGAAAAAGUUGAUGCAUUAUCUGCAUCAAACGAAGAAAAUGACUGUCCACCAGUUAGUGGACCCGCUGCCAAUUUGGAUCAUCCUGCUGAAAACGCCGAACCCACUGCUGAUAACGCCGAACCCACUGCUGAUAACGCCGAACCCGCCGAACCCGCUGAAUACGCUGAAUAUGCAGAACCCACUGCAUUUGCUGAACCCGCUGAGUACGCUGAAUAUGCCGAACCCACCGCAUUGGCUGCAUUUGCUCAACCCUCAACAUUUGCUGAAUCCGCUGUAUUCCAACCUCAACCUAGACCUGCUGAGACAAAUAUUGCCAAUCUGGACAAUCACGAGGCUUAUGAGCCACGUGAACUUCAAACAUCGUCCAGUCGCUAUUCCGAUGGUCCAGCAUUGGAGUCUUUCUCGCAAAGCUUGGAAGACAUAAUUCUCCGCAGGUCAAAACAAGCCAAAAAGCAUCUUGCUAGAAAGGUUGAGGAAGAAAAAUGA